AAAGAAAUCCUAACCAACCCCGGCUUUCACACGUUCUAUAAAUAGCAUCGACACAAUUCAUCUCAAUCCACGUUUUAUUCAAAAACACGAAAAGUACUUCUGCAUCUCUCAGAAUUUUCAAGCUUUUAGAAGCCUUCAACUUCAAGCAAAUUUAAGAAAGUCAGAUGGCUCGUACGAAGCAAACUGCCCGUAAAUCCACUGGAGGAAAGGCUCCAAGGAAGCAACUAGCCACCAAGGCCGCCAGGAAAUCUGCCCCAACAACUGGAGGAGUCAAGAAGCCUCACAGAUACAGGCCUGGAACCGUUGCUCUUCGUGAAAUCCGCAAGUACCAGAAGAGUACUGAGCUAUUGAUCAGGAAGUUGCCAUUCCAGAGGCUUGUUCGUGAAAUUGCUCAGGACUUCAAGACUGAUUUGCGUUUCCAGAGCCAUGCUGUGUUGGCUUUGCAAGAGGCAGCUGAGGCUUACCUUGUUGGGCUUUUUGAAGAUACAAAUCUGUGUGCUAUUCACGCCAAGCGUGUCACAAUCAUGCCCAAGGACAUUCAGCUUGCUAGAAGGAUUAGGGGUGAAAGGGCUUAGAAUGCCUAGCUUUGUCGUUACUUAGAUUGCUAAAGCCUCUUUUGCAAUUCUGUUUUUUUCUCUGUUCUUUAGGAUAGUCGUAUUGGAUAGGAUAAUAGAUAUGGAUGGUUGUGGAUUACUGGGUAUUUGACAAUAUAUAGUCCAUUUUAUUCGUAUUCUCUUUACAAGAUACAUUCAAUGUUCAUCCUGAUCAUGUUUUCAGCAAGUUGUUUGAAACCUUUCCGA